AAUAUGGCGGCGUGCCUUAGUGAAAGAAUGCGCUUUCAGAGCAGAGUGACUGUUUUCGGUAUUCCUCCUUGGUAACUGAACCUAAUUUUCAAGAUCGAAAUAUUAUUACAGAAGCGAGGGGCUAUCAUCGAAGAACGGUGAGAGAACGCAUAAUUUAGUUGUUCCUUUAGAAUUACAACUUCAGCUACUGCCACGGAAAAAGUUUCUUUGGCGUAUUUGAUUCCGAUCGUUUGAUUAAUCGUGUAUUUAGAUACAGGAAGUAGUUUUAGCGCCAGUUAUGCAGUUUCUUUUGAGAAUUGUGUGACCUAAAGAGUCUCCAAAAGCAAAAGGGGCCCGGUAAGGGCUUUAAAUAUAUUUUAUGGAACGAAGUAAAGAAUAUUUAUUAGGCUGUCGUAGUAAAAUCUGAGGGGCUUUGCUUUAAGACAAACAAGCCUUUUUAUCGUUAGCUACUUUGCUUCUGGUUUGCAAGAUAUUCGUUAAUAAAGAUAUGUUAAUUAUCAUAUGCUGUAAAUAAACUAAAAAAUCAAAGCUAGAUCUCAAAUCCGUAAAGAUGGGUUGUUUUAGUUCACAUACCGUUAAGUCAGUUCAAGCUACCAUAGACGGAAUAUUGGCAUAUUGCAAUCGUGUUAAAUCUGAGUAAACAUCUGUUUUCAGGGAAUAACGCUGACAUAUGUAAUUCAUUUUUAAGUGGAAAUUUUCAUGGGUAGCUAAGUUUGAAUUAAAAGAGAACCCAUAGCAAUCGUAUGAAGUUUUUGAACCAGUAAAUUGUAAACUAAAUUAGUUUAAUGCUGGUUACUAAACAAGCCCAAACAUGAAACAUGGAAAUGAUUAUUCUGUCACUGAUUCGGUAAUUUUGUUCAUGAUCUGAACAUGAGUCGACUUUAUUUGUGAAUUGUUGUUAUUUUGUUAUAAUUGUAGGGUUUUUAUGAAGAAAUCGAAUAAGAGGAGGAUAGUGUGAAUUGACAGAAAAAUAAUACAUUGUACCAUUCACAAACUUCAGCUCCAUGAAUUUAAAAAAAAAAUUUAAAAAACAGUCCAGGACAUUUGAAUUAGACCAAAAAUUUUGUGUAGUUGGAACAGAAUUAGAUUCAAUCUCUGUUAGCUAAUAAACAUCCUGUCUAGAUAUCUUUAAGUGCCUCUUUACUCCUACACAGAUAAAUAUAUGAGUUAUCCUUGUGAUUCUAAAGUGUAAUCAAAAUUAUGACAACAUUUUUUAAUAUGAUUGGUUAUCAUUAACCUGAUUAAGCACAGUGUAUCCAUCAUGCCUACAAUUAGACAGUGUAAAUGUUACAGCUGUGUAAUUGGACAAAACCUGUCAUGUUUGCAAGCUCUUGUGGUGCAUUUUACCAAAUAAAUUGUUGUUUCUAAGGGAAAGGAUGAUCAUAUGCGAGUUAAUUUCGCGGAAUUUUGUCAUAGUAUUGAUUAAUUGGUAACCAGACUUGAUGUCAUCCAAUUCUGUUUGUAAUGAAACUCAUAAUUAAUUAACUGGACUCCCACUUCAUGGUCGUCCAAUUUUGUCAAUCAGAUUAACCCUUUGACUCCUGUUAGUGAUCAAGACAGAAUUUCUCCUUACAAUAUCAACACAAUAUCAACCAGAGAAGUGAUGAGAAUACAGAAAAAUAUCAAUUUGGGUUUAACUAGUUGAUCCAAUACUAAAUUCUCUGAAGUAACAUUAUAAGACAGUAAGAAGAAUUACAAAUUUGAUCUGGGAGUUAAAGGGUUAAAGACUCAAUUGGACCCCCCUCAAACCUAUUAUCUUACAAACAGCUUAUCAGAAAAGACAAGCUUAUCAGUGAGGUUGAUAUCUACUGCUGCACCUGGAAAGUGUUCUGGAUAGUUUUCAGGUCAUGGUUCUUGGACCUCAGUAUUUCUCUUUACUCUCUAUUUUUGAUUUUCAUUCCAUGAAACCUGGUUCUGCUAAACAUGUUUUGUUGGUGUGAAUGGGAAAUUAGUCAGACCAUUAGCUGAGGAGAAACAAUUUGGUACCUAGCUGGUAAAUAAGGUUGUGUGUCAUAAAAAAGUACUACAAUAAAAAAAAUUGCUUCUAAAGAAAGACAAAAACAAAAAGAAACAGAAUGUAUCUUGUGUCUUUAAGGUUUUUUAGGUUUCCUUUUUCACCAGAGGGCUUACAUUUUAGUGAAAAAUUUAUUCCAGGCUGAAAAAUUUCAUCAAAUCAUGGAAUAGAGAAGUUAAAAUUUGAACAUUGUAUUAUUAGCCCUUCAACUUCUUAGAACUGAUUAUGGAUUUCCCCUCUGACUGCUACACAUUUUGUUGUAAAUUAGGUGUGAGAAUUUUGUGUUAGGCCAAGAUAGCAACUUCUGCCUGAUGAGUUUGAGUAUUCUUGUGACCUGUUUGCUGGAUAAUGUGUGGAUGUUAUAGGGGAGAAGUUACAUGUUAAUCACUUACACACUGGGAGUUUAAGGGUUAGGAAAAUUUAAAUGUGUUUUGUAUCACUAAUAGACAUUGCUAUCCCAUUUCUUUACUGGUUAUAGGUCAUGCACUCCAAUACUCCUUUUAACAGAAACUCUAUGGAAAAUGCCGAGUCAUACCAUGAAGUCUUUAAAGUUCUUGAUAGCCUAGGAAUGGCCGACUUAAAGGAAACUUUCCAGGAACACUGUAUUCAGGUAUUUAAUAACUGCAUAUACACACAGUGACUAAACCUUCUUGCUUGCAGUUACAGAGCCACUUAGGAAAUAUGCCAUUGCUUUAGACAAGAGCUACAUUUAAUGUUUACACAUUAAUAGAUAAGUAUAAUCUAAUACAUGAUGUUCUAAGGUUCUACCUACAUGUAUGCAGUGUACAUGUGCAUGUGUGUGUAGGUUACUCUGUGCAGCUUUACAAUUGUAAUACAUUUUUCUUCCAAAGGACCAAACUUUACGUUAUGUUGAAACAGAAGAUGAGCUCAAGCAAUUACUGAGGGUAAGGCUGAUCUUUUUAAUUGUUUACUCUUGACUUGAUCAUGAUGUGAAGCAAUGUUGAAACACUGUCAAAAAUAUUAACUACAAAUUGUUUUCAGAUGUUUUAUUUCUCUCUUAAUAGUGUUCCAGCUUUGAACUCUGCAAUCCAAUGUUUCUUGAAAUCACCCCCCAAUAUAAAAUUUGUUGGUUACCAUAAGUGACUUUUAAUGCGCUGUAGACAAAAAAUGAUUGGCCUUAUUGAUUAAUUAUUUAUAUGCAUUAUAAUACAAUUCUGUAUGGUUCAUCCAAAGUACAUGUUUUCUUUUCCUCAUUCCUAACUUAGCUAUAACCAACAUACCAGCAAUAAAUUUAAGAGGAGUUUAUGUCUUGACAACUCAAUCAAAUUCCUCUACUUACACAUCAUUGCCAGUGGCUUCUAAAUAAAGUGUUAAAAACAUAAUAUAUCAAGGAAGGGGAGAGAGAGAACUGAUUACAAGAUUGGAAAUAACAUAGAAUAUAUGAAUAACAUGAGAAAUACUAAUCACAUAGGAAUACGAAACACUCAAUAAAAUGGCAAUUUACCUGAUAAUUUUGGGAGAUGUCUGGCAUAGGAACUUACUAAUGAUUACAUUUUAACUCAAUCUCACACCUUUUAUUUGCAUGAUCUGCAUGAAAGUCAAACUGAAAAGGUUAGCCGCAGGGACUGAGGCUAGGAGGGGGAUUGGUUUCUACAUUGGCUAUACCUAUGGUCGCGAAUCUUGCAGUUGUGUGUCAUGCUUCAUGGGUUACUAGGCCGCACUGGCAUUACUGCAAUAUGCAUGUACAGUUAACUCUUCCACUCCCAGGAUCUCAUUAGUAAUUUUCCUUACUGUUUACCACACAAUAUUUAAGAAAUGAGUUUAGAGGAUUUGUUUUGGAUCAACUGCUAAUCCCCGUAUUGAUAUUUUUCUUUAUUCUCAAUUCAUUUGACAGCUUAAUAUUGUAUUGAUUUUGUAAGGAGAAAUUCUGUCUUGGUCACUCAUUUGUGCUAAACAGUUUACAGUUCAUUUUAUAGCUUUAUAUUGUUUUGAUAUUGAAGGAGAAAUUCUAUCUUGGUCACUCAUUUAUGCUAAACAGUUUAUGUGUGGCAAAGGGUUAAUAUUCAGUGUCAGUAAUGUGCCAAGUUGACUAUCCCACUGUAUAUGCAAAUGUCAUGGUUAGAAAUAAGGUUUGAUCAAUUUGAUGAGUUCGAAUUUGAUCAACAUUAAUCUAUUGUCAUAGAGAGUUUGAAUACAUGCAGAGCUGUAAAUGAAAAUCCAUAGCUGGCCAAAACCAAGUGCUAAUCUUGCCAUUUUUAGUGUACUACUUUUAUAUCAUUUUACCAUUGUGAUAAUUUCUGAUAAUUAAUAUUGUACAGCUUCAUCAAAGAAAUUUGUUCACAGCCAUUUUCCAGUUUUGUGUUGUUGUGAGUGCUUAAUGUGUGACUAGUAGUAACAGAUUUUGUGAAUCAAUUUCAUGUUGAAUUAUUACCAGUCCUGCGUUAACCCUUUAAAUCCCUGAAGUGAUUCACAUUUAACCUCUCCUUACAAUGCCCCUCCACUAUCCAGCAUUGGAGUACUCAAAUGUGUUGGGAAGAAGUUGUCAUCAAUUCUUGCAACUAAUUUACAAGGAAAUGUGUAGUCGCUAGAGGGUAGAAUUAACAAUCAGAUCCUAGCAAUUAAAGGACAUUGUGUCUGUUUGCAGGAGAUAGGUAUUCCUCUUGGACGCUGUAUUCCAAUCAUGAAGUCCUGGAGGAAACGUUAUUCCAGUCAAGGUGAAUAAAAUCAAGAUAGAUUUAAACUGAUUAUGACACACUUAGUUACUACAACUUUACCUAAAACAGCACAUAACAGGUAUUUUUUAUUUGAGUAAUAAUGUACAUACAAAAUUACACGCUUCUGAUUGGCUACAAACAAGUGCAUUCUUGUGUACAACAAGUGCAAAGUUGUAACAUGAGAGCAAGUUUAAAAAAAGUGGGCAUGCUUUCAAAGUUUUGUCUGUCUUGACUUUCUGUGAUGUUUUCUCAUGUACAUUAUAAACAAGUGAUGACCUGUUUUCUCUGGCAAUUAGGUGAAAUAAGCACUGGUAAAUUUUUCAAAGUCUACAAAUUGCAUUCGCCAUAAGGGCUUGUGCAAUUUUGUUGUCUUUGCAAAAAAAUUACUUGUGCUUAUUUUCACCAAAUUGCACUCAAAAUCAUGUUAUUACCCAUAUAAAGAGGCUGAGGGAGACCAUAUGCUGCAUGGAAAGCUGAGAGGUUUAACACUUUCACUUCAAGGAGUGAUUGAUAAGUAAUUUACAACAGGGGAACUUUUUAUUGAGUGUCAUUAAAAAAAAAACAAAGUAAUCACAAUCAUUGCAUCUUAAUUUUCACAAUCAUUGUAUCUUCAUUGCAUUAUGGCCAAUCAGAAGAUAUGAAGAUACUUUUAUGAGCCAGUGACCUCUUAAAGUGAAAACAACCAAACUGCCUAAAGAGCGGGAAAACACAGAUGACCUAGUAAUGAUUGGUUAUAGUUUUACAUCUGAAUGGUUGAGAGAGUGGUGCAAGUUUUCUAGACCAAUAACAGAGCAAAGUAAACCUAAAUUGAAGUUAUCACAGAUCACUCUUGACACUCAUAAAAAUUUCUCUAACAGUACAUUGUCAAUCUGAAAGUUAUGAGAAGAAAGAAAUAUGGUUUUGGUACUUUUUGUGCUGAUAUUCAACCUCAGCCAAAAACACAACGAGAAUCGUGAAUUUUCAUAUAUCUAAAAUCUUCAUUCACUUGGAUGUUUAUUUGGACCCAAUUCAUUUACCAGCUCCCAGUUGGCUUGUUAGCUCAAUUGGUAGAGCGCUGCACCGGUAUCGCAGAGGUCAUGGGUUCAAAUCCCGUACGGGCCUGAAAUUUUUUUCAGGUCCUAUUUACAACUACUCGUUUCAGUAGUGUUCUUAGCUGCGAGGAUCUCCUAAUUUCAUCUUUCCACCGCAGUGCAAAUAUGUGAAUCUUCAUAUAUCUGCUCAACCAUGACUAAGAUUUUCCCCUUCAUUAUUUCCUUCUUUCAAGUGUUCCCUGUUCAUAUCGUUCUGCAUUAUGUGCAGUACAUGAAAAACUUUCAGAAUAAAAUAUUAUUACGUACUCUUAACUAUGACUCCUUUUUGUCUUUUUAGAAACAGUAAGGAGGAAAGAUAAAGUUUCAACUGCUGAGAAUUACUCACAGACCUCCACAGUUACUGUGGACGCGAGCAUACAAACUGAAGAUAUGUUAAUUAGUGCUGCUGAGUAUAACAAAUUACUUAACAAUAUGGCAGAGCUUAACACGCAACAAGAGCUUAUUAAUCAUUAUGCUGCUCUGGCUAGUGGCGAGUUUAAUUUAAAACUGACGGAGGCACAAAGUGGCUCCCUCACCUCUGCUCAGGUCCCUUCUUCGUAUGGUACACAGUCCUUGGACCCUUAUACUGCUGCACAGCUGUGGUCCAACUUAAGUCAGUACCAAGAUCAAUUUAAUAUGUAUGGAGGCUUCCUGCAGGCAACCACAGCUAAUGCUCCAGGAGGUAUUAUCCCGGACGGUAUCGGGAGUGAGGCGUCUACAGUUAUUUAUAAUCAAAAUAUGAAUGAUGUCAAUCAUAUGAUGGUACCAUCUGCACCGUCUCCUGUACCUUCUCAAGAUAUGGGACAAUAUCAGAGAGUGACAGCCAAUGUCUCUGAGCGUAAGGAUAUUGUUGAUGAGAGAGAAGACCUGGCUAUUGAGCAGUCGUUGAAAGACGUAGAAACUAUGGAGUUAGAGUCUCAACAUUCGUAUGCUUCAGCUCUUAAUACUGGUGAGUGACUUUAAGCCAGGACCAGGAUCAAUUCAGACUUGGUCUCGUAUAUGAUAGCUUGCUGAGCGAGCAGCCGUCCUAUUGUGGCGAGUUCGUUUGGUGAGCGAGUACCCAGCGUAUUUCUUACGUGCCUUUACCUCUGCGUAUACAAUAAAGCUCGCGAUCGUUUAUCCGAUGUAGAGUUUGAGUGGACUGUGGGGGAGGGGGUGGUGAAAGGUGAGAAGAUUAAUUUCUUUUACCCUAUUUCUUUUGUUCCAUCACCUCCUCUCUCCUUCCUUUCGACUAUCGCUUGUCUCUUGCGCCUUUUAUCAAGUAGCUUGCUUUCCCCAGCCUUCCGCUGCUGAAAAUUAAGAGAUGGUGGCUAUGAUUCUACUACGUAUCUACUCAGCAGGUUACGUAUUCACAACCUUUUUUGUAUUAUUUUAUCAUUUAUCUAGUAUCACCACCAUAACUUUUCCCCUAACAUCACCGUACAUGCUUGUUAAUCUAACUGUACUAUCAACACAGUUUUCAAACUUAAAUUAUUCUCGAUGUCUUUACAGAGGCAGCAGACCUUAGUCAAGACAGCCAGCAUAAUUAUGGUUCAGUCACUGAGCAGACCUCUUAUUAUAUGCAGUCGAGUCAGAGAACACCUUCAACUUAUACCAGUCACUCUCAAGUCCGUCCAACCCAAACCACAGCAAGACCAGUGCCGUCUGAAAAACUCGACACCAGUCGCUUUGCCAAAUGUGAUGACAUAUCUUUGGAGAGCGGAACAUCAAGGCUUCCAUCAAGUGUACAGAGUGUGGGACCACAAACCCUGCAGGGAUAUUUAGAUAGUUUACCAGAAUCGAACGAAUACAAGGAAGCUAUGAAGAGCAAAAACCCCAAAAAAGGAUGGAAACCAAUUGAUGGGAAACAUAUUCAGUCUGCAAAAAGGGUGGCUUUCAAACCGGUAUACUGGGAUAAAGAAGGGCGCAUGCGCCAUGGGGUAGCCGUCAGGGGAUCAGAUAAAUCCGAGGAGUGCUGGCGCCAUGUAGAGGGAAAAGCUCCGGCUGGCUGUACAUUUGCACACUCUCGUCUGGGUGACACCCUGCAGUUUAUUUGCGUCAAGUGCUCUUAUGAGAGGAACCGUAAUGACUGGUGCUCAGACAAGACAAAACAUAAACAAUAUAUAUUUAAUCUCGGUCCGUAUCGUAACUUAGAAGGUGGAGUAUGGAAGAAAAUUUCUUAAAAUAACACAGAGUGCUGGGUGCUUGCUCGAAAGCUUGCUUUACAGCGCAUACUGUACAGGUGAAUUUUAUCAAUGGACUGCUUCAGAGAAUUUUUCAUUUGAGUAUCGAAAACCAAAACCAAAGUUAUUUCAUCGACCCGUCAGAGCAAAGGUUUACUUUAUAAGUAGCCAAUGAGAACUCAAAGUGGAAAUAAGCAAACUGCUUAAAGCGCGGGAAAACGCAAAUUGACCGAGUCGCAAUUGUUUUUAGUUUUGCAUCUGAUUGGUUGAGAGGAUGUUGCGAUUUUUUUGGAUCAAUCACAGAGCAAGUUUCAGUAAAACCAAAUAAAUCCUUGAUUACUUUCGACACUCAAUUGGAAAUUCCUCUCCUCCAGUUGUGGGCGAAUAAUUAUUAUAUUUCGAUUUUUUUUCAGCAUGUGAGAGAAGGUUGUAGUAAAAUAUGACGGCUGGUGUGGUACAUAUGUGCCAGGACAAGGUUUUGGGCUUGGGUUUUAAGGUUUGUCGUUUGUGUGAUGCUUACCUUGACAUAAUGAAAAAUUUAUGCACAAAAAUACCAAAAGAAUAAUAAUAAAGAAGAAGGAAAAGGGUCGCGUUGAUAAACAGAAAAUGAAAACUGCACAAAAGGUUCUCUACACAGGUUACAUCGCAACCACUGACAGUGUUUUCUGUUGCUACAGAGGAAUUUUGCAGACUCCCAAACUGCGUAGAAAUAGUUUAGCUUUCAUAUGCAUAUUCAGAUACUAAUGAUAACUUUCUCCUUUCCUAUUCUUUUUUAAGUAUGUAGUUAGUCUUCCUAGUCAUCUCGGCAUGUUUAAAAUAGGAUUUUCACUUGAAAAUGAGGCCAAAAUGGCCUAUUUUCGUACGCAUGAAAGAGUAAUUGGGCUGGUGUAUGAAGAAAGAAGUCUCAUGAUGGUGGUGAUCACUGGUUAAGUGUUGAUAUUGAUUUACUCUUUGUUAUGAUGAGGAAUAUGUGUUGAUGAUGAGAUUUUAAAGUGGCCCUUCGCCAUCUUUUGAGUCGUUCUUAAGAUGCUGGUUGUUUUCAUACAGUAAUGAAACCGAAAAUAAAAAUUUUUCGAGGAUAAAUGAACACCAAAGAGAUGGUAAUAGAGCGAUAGGAAAAAAGAUACAGGGUUGAGUAUUUAAAAGGAUUGCAAAAAGGAUAACGGUUGGAGUAUUUAUAGGGAUUGCUGGUGUCAAACAAGCGAUAACCAUGUUGGUCUCGGAAGCUCAAAGCCCAGAUGUGCUGAUC